AUGGAGUCGCAAAUCGCGGACUCUGGGGCUCGUGAGACUGCGCUAGCCGCAAGCGGGGGUCCGGCAAUGGGCAACACCGCUGGGGGACCCACAGUCUCGGCGCCCCUGGGAGCAGCCCGGUGGAAGCUCCUGCGGCAGGUUCUGAAGCAGAAACACGUGGAUGAUUGUCUGCGACAUGUAUCUGUAAGAAGAUUUGAAUCAUUUAAUCUGUUUUCAGUAACAGAAACCCAAAAAAGGGAAACUGAAGAGGAGGUCGGUGCAUGGGUCCAAUACACAAGUGUCUUCUAUCCUGAACACAGUAUCUCCUUAAGGCAUAAUAAUGGAUCCUUGAAUGUUGAAGAUGUUCUUACCAGCUUUGACAAUACAGGAAAUGUUUGCAUCUGGCCAUCUGAAGAGGUUUUGGCUUACUACUGCCUCAAGCACAGUAAUAUGUUCAGGGACCUUGCUGUGUGUGAGCUAGGGGGUGGCAUGACAUGCUUGGCUGGGCUCAUGGUUGCUAUUUCUGCAGAUGUCAAAGAAGUUCUGUUAACUGAUGGGAAUGAAAAGGCCAUCAGAAAUGUGAGAGACAUCAUCACAAGGAAUCAGAAGGCUGGUGUGUUUAAGACUCAGAAAAUAUCAAGCUGCGUUUUACGAUGGGAUAAUGAGACAGAUGUCUCUCAACUGGAAGGACAUUUUGACAUUGUUAUGUGUGCUGACUGCCUGUUUCUGGACCAGUACAGAGCCAGCCUUGUUGAUGCAAUAAAGAGAUUACUCCAGCCCAGAGGGAAAGCAAUGGUAUUCGCCCCACGCCGAGGGAAUACUUUAAACCAGUUUUGCAAUCUAGCUGAAAAAGCUGGUUUCUCUAUCCAAAGACAUGAAAAUUAUGAUGAACACAUUUCAAACUUCCACUCCAAGUUGAAAAAAGAAAACCCGAACAUAUAUGAAGAAAACCUUCAUUACCCGCUUCUGCUUACUUUAACCAAAAAUGGAUAG